AUUACUAUAACCUUACAAAAACGGCCUUGUUAUUGAUAUUAUUAAAAGUACAUCCUUUUAUAGUAUAUGAAAUUCGAAGUGAUAUAAAAAUGCAAGUAUUAAUAAAAAAAAUUAAUGCGACCUGUAAUGAAGACCAACUAAGAGCUCUUUUUUUGUAUCCAAAAGUGGUACUGUUUGAAGAUCAGAAAAAUAUUAAAGUGAUCGAUUUAAACGAAAAAGAUGCCUCAAAUAAAAUAUACAGCUUCGAACAUGAAAUUCAUCAUCACGCACUGGUAGGAAAUAACGUCUGGCUAGCACUGAGGUCUUCGGAAGUUAUUGUUAUUAAUAUUUUGAAAGGUGCCUCAUUAAAAAUUAAAUGUGAUAACUGCGCUAAUUACAAAAUUCGUGAAUUUGAAACUGAUGGAAAAAAUAUUAUAUUCAUAAGUGAAAGUGGUGAAAGACUAUUAAAUCCAUAUACACAAGAUAAAUUAUCUGCAGAGUUUGCAAAGGGCACCACUGAAACAAUUGUAUCUCUUGAAAAAGCACCAUAUACAUAUAGAUUACAAGCUACACAAAUUGCUUUUCAAAAUGGUCUUAAUAUGUGUGCAUCAAAGAUGCAUUUAUUGCUUAAAUGUCCAGUCACAGGUUUAACUGAAACACUACAUACUAAAGAAGAUUUAGAAAAUAUAGUACCAUGGGGAGGCUCAAUAGUGGUUUCAAACAGGAGACAAAUGUGGGCAAUAGAUUUAAGAAGUUUCAGCAAAGUGUAUGAUUUUGAUAGUUCUGAAUCAAAUUAUGUGCCACUAGGAUCCUAUGAUAAUAAUUUCUAUUAUCUUUUAUGGGACAAAGAAGUCCAUUUAUUUUCUACUUUGAGAAAUGUUGAAAAGCAAGAUGAUCAUUCUACAGAUUUCACGGCAACACCUAAGAUAUCCCAAGAAGUUUUGAAAUCUGAAUUAAAACAAUUAGUUCAAGAUGUAAUAAGCAAAACAAAUGAAGUUUGUAUACAACCUCAAUUCUUGAACUUGUUCAAUGACAUUGAAGAUUUGUCCUUUCUUAUAAGUGCCACUGUCAAACUAUGCAAACAUAAUUUAACAUACAAAUCCAUAUUGUGUUCCAUACAAAAAAAAGUAUUUUUAACAAAUGACAUUAACAUAAUAAAUUCAUUUCUUGAUACUAUGAUAAAAGUAGAUUUACUAGAGUACAUAUAUUUUAGAGGUAUUAUGCAUUAUGGUGAUAUUGAUUUGUUUGAAAAACAAGUUGUAGAGUUGUGUCAAUUAUUUGUUUCAAAGUCAGAUUUAGAUUUAGCUUCAAUUUGCUGGCUUAAAUAUUCUAAAAUAAAUAGAAGUACUCAUUGUGAUGACAUUUUAAAAAUACUGCAUGCUAUUCCUAUCAACGUUAAGCUGGGUACAUUAAUUGUAUGGUUACGUAACUUUAUUCCAAGUCUGCUAGAUGAAAAUCCUUUCAAUAUAGACAUAAUUGCUAAAUGGACCACUGAAAGAAUUUUUUCACUAGAGCAAUCAACAUUUUGGCCCAAAAUUGGUUUAAAAUAUAUUGAAGCUAUUAUAGAUGUUUUAGAAUCAUCUUUAAAAACUAUUGUUAUCAGACCUAUAACAAUUGAUGAUUUAGAUGUACUAAAGGAUCACAUUAAGUACAUAAUAGAAUUGAAGGAGAAAUUUAAAAUAAACAUGUUAAUUACUGAAAUAACAUCGCAAAGUCCUACAGAAGUAGCAUUAAUUAUGUUGAGACGUUGCUAUACUGAAGACUUGGAAAUAUUUUUAAAAGAAAGCCUCACGUCGUAUGCAAAUCGCUAUCAGUUUGAUUUGGAUGAAACAAUACGUUCUUUUAUAGAAAUGCAAUCUGCAAGUAGUGGUGGUAAUGUUGAUGCUGUAAGAUUAGAAAUUUUACUUAAUGCAUUUCACUCGCCUACAAGUAGACUUGACUGUCUCUUGCAAGUAUUGAAGUAUUUAGAUGUGCCAUGGGAUAGUACUGUUGAAACCAUAGCAAAAUCUGCUGCAGCAUUACCUUAUAACGACUUUACAAUAACUGAAUCAGAUAAACUUCUAGCUCAAGAAAUAAACAAAGAAGUAAAUUAUGCUAAACUUAAGGUAAUUUUGAAAAAGUAUAAUUUUCCCAUUAAUUUUAAUGAUUAUAUGUUGUUAAUUCACAAAAUACUUCAAGGGCCAACAAUUGAUUUAGAUGAUUUAAAAACGAUUAUGCAUAUUAUGCCUGCUUACACUAGUUAUAUCAAUUUAUCAUAUAUUGAUAAAUGCUUAAGAGAAUGUGAAACUAAAGCUGCAUUGGAGUAUUUCAGAACUCUAUCAAAUCGAGAAAAAAAACUAUUGAUUAAAAGUGUGGAAAAUAAAUAUGAACACAUAGUUUGCAGUUCACGAAACAAUACAAUAGAGAGAAAUUAUUUAGAUUUUAUAAAAGGAUCACAUUAUCAAGAAGAAAUACAAAUAGCUGCCGUUGAAAAACUGUAUCAUCUUAAAAAUUCAUAUGGUAUAAAUGCAGGUCUUAAUGAUGUUUACAAUGAAGAUUACUAUGAGAUGAAGUUGAACAAUUUGAAGAGAAAUGAUAAGAUUGAAAAUUCGGGCCAUAUUCGCUGUAUUGAAUAUCUCCUCCGUUCAGACAUUAAAUUACAAGAUCUUAUACAUCAGAGUUCUACUAAUCAUAGAGUUCAAAGCAUUAUAAUUCAAUGGAUCACACAAAAACUGAAAAAUGCUCAUAAUUUAAAAUAUCCCUUGAGCCAAUUGAAUCUUGAAGAAAACGCAAUAUUGUUAAUUACGUCGCAUAGUCUUCUUUCUGAUUUAACUUUCAAUUGCCCUGAAGAAAAUCUACAUUUAUUAAUUGAUAUUUUGGGCAUACUUAAUGCAAUUAAAAAUACGAACAUUAUAAUGAAAAACCUAACUUUGACUUGGAAAUUCAACUAUGUAUUUUUGCCUAUGUCUUCUGUAAGUUCUCUGCAUGAAUUGAUUAACUUUUAUUCUAAUUGUGGUAAAAAUGAUAAAUCGACAAAUGAACUGCUCAGUAUUUGUAAUGGGAGCGAUUUUAUUCCUAUUAGAAUAAUAGCAUACUCAACGUUACAAGAAAUUGUUUGCAACAAUAUUUCAACAGGGAGCUUUUCUAAAUCGAAAGAGAAAAUAGUAAAAAAAUUAGUAAACAAGAUUAUUGCUUCUCAAGAUCUAGAUCAGGUAAUUUUAACGUCUCUUUUACUUCUGAUAAAUAAACCAGAUAUAUCAGAUAGUAUGUAUUUCUUAGAAUUAUUACGUGGGCAAUCUGAAAAUUUAUCACCAGCCGUGAUGUAUUACUUAUCUUCGCCUCCAAUACGUCAUAUAUUUGCUUUAGAAAAUAUUGUCCCAGCAGACUCCUUAUCAUAUCCACCACAAUAUAUUUUAAAAUCUAAAUUUAAUAUCAAUCUGGCGGAAAUCGCUCUUCCCGAUUGUACGGAAGAAACAUGGGAUGUAAAAGUUUUGUUAUUCUAUAUCUUAAAACAAUACCCUAAUACAACCUUUGAAAGGUUAGUUGACUUAUGCCGUACCCUUAAUGUUUGUCUAAAUGAUGGAUUAUCAUUACUUUUAAUUUCAUUAUUAACCAAUUGGGAGUUAAAAUAUAAAAUAUGGAAGAAUGAGUUGGGUUACCGACAAAUACAAUUACAGAAUGAUGGAAAAGAGUUAAUAUCCAAAUGUUUAACAAUUUGGCAAAAUGUCGAUAACAAAGAAUUCUUGAAAGAUAUUUUAAAUGAUUUCUGGAAAAAUGGUGAAGUUGUGAUACAUGGGUGUGUCAUAUCCAUCAACCCUUACUUUUAUGAAGUACUACUAUGUAUUUACACCUUACUAAUAUCCUCAUUUUCUGAAAGUCGGUACUUGAAAGAAUAUUUGAUUUUGAAUUUUCUUAAAGAAUACCAAAGAAAAGGUAACCCCAAGCAAUAUGAAUUUGAACAUUUUUCUGUGAAAGGCCUAUUUCCAGAAAUCGGCCAUUAUAGAUUGCCUUUCCACUUAUUCCUUCGAGAAGAUAUGUGGUCGAAUUUGAAAUCUGAAAUUACAUUAGAAACAUAUGAACGUUGGCUUCCUGUAGUCUCUAUACUGUCACUUGAUUCUAAUAUUCAGACAGCGAAGGAUAUGAUUUGUAGUAAUGCAGUAAAACAAACUAUGACUUCACGUAAACAAAGUAGCACAAAUGAAAUAGAUGUAAAAGAAAACGAUACAUGGAAAUUGAUAUCUAGUGAAGAACCUCUACUGAGAUCUGCACACAAAUGUGUAAGACAUAUUGCAAAUAUGGAAUGGGCUGGAGCGUGUCUGUUCUAUGUCUUACAAGGUUGUGCUCGAGGUGCAGAUCAAGUGGCAGUUGCUCAGCUUUGUUACCAAUUUUCCCAACGUUGGGCAGCAAUUCAGCCUGAUAACCGAGCUGUUCGCCAAAUGGAGCGUCUUCACUCUACUCUUUCAACGCGACAUGCUUUACAUAAAAUAGAUUGGGCAUGUGAGGAACUUCUACGCCUAGCGUCGGAACCCACGCAGCUCAUACACGCAUUGUAUUUACACCCAAAAUUUGUAAGUAAAAUUGGUCGGCACGAUAUAAACAGAGCUGCAAACGAAAUAGCUGAUAAAAAUGGUAUUAACAUAAAUUCCAUUAGAAUUCAAAUUUUGGAAAGUCUUAUCAAUAGAAAAGAUUUAAAUUCACCAAGUCUUAAUACUAUAGAACUUAUAACAGCUAAGUAUAUUCUUAAAGCUACUUGUGCCAAAAUGGGGGCUAUUUAUCUUUCUCGCAUAGCUUUUGACGAUGAAAAUGAUUACAAUAAGUCCAAAAAACUUAGAGCACUUCAGUGUUUUAUGAGUGUUGUUGAUCAAGAAACUGCAGUAAAAGUCACAAAUAUUGAUCAUGAGAAACUGUGGCCAACUAUACUCGAGCUUUUGUACAUAGUAUAUCUAGAAAGGAUUGAUAUGCCCUGGAUUGUGGCAACUUUUAAACAGGAUAAAAUUAUGGCUCUGAAUCAAUUACUUCAAACCUCUGGUGGAAAUGUGGAAGCUUUAAAAGUAUCAGCAGAAUUAGCACAAAGAUUUGGAAAUCAAAAAAUUAUAUGUGACUACAUACCAUUACUGUUAAAAUCUUCCCUUUUUGAUGAAAUUAUUCCAUUACUGUUAAAAAUGGCAUGUCCGCUAGAUAGUGUCAUUUGUACAGCUUGGCGGGCUAUUCUUAUUAAUCCUUUUAAACGAGCAGAUUAUCCAAUAACAGACAAACAAAAAAACAAAUGUCUACAGGCUCUAAACCUACUGCCUUUAUGUCCAUUUAUACAAGAUGAAGAUUUACUUGAAAUAUGGAAAAAUUGUAUCAGAUGCAAAUGUCUUGCUCUAGGUUGUUUAGUUUUACCUUUUAUGAAAUCUGAAACUAGAGAAACAUUGAAGGAGUUAACAAAAAUAGAUAAAAGGAAUUUAGUAAUAGGUUUAAAAAAUUUACAUUCAGAAUCAUUCCUUGUAUCAAGUGCUAUGUGUGUUUUAGAAAAUGUGACAAGAAAAAUCUGCAGGUAACUACUUAAGUUUAGAAUAGAACUUUAUUUAC